ACAUGGAACCGGGCUAUGCUCGCAACGAAUGGGAACGCAAGUGCGAUGAGUUCGCCACAUUGCGCAUCGCCCGUGCCCAAGCCACAGGGGCCAGACUUCAACAUCGGCCCUGUCUAUCUCCCGCUUUAUCUCUGCCUCUGUCUUUAUGUGUGUUUUGUGGCUCUUCCUUGGUGCUCUCCGUGUGCGUGUGUUUUUCCACGGUCGAUUGCCGAGUUGCGUAGGAGGGGCGAGGGUAGUGAGUCAGUCAGUGUUCGGUCGCGGCAGUCGGACAAGAUGAGAGAGAUCCUGCACAUUCAAGGCGGGCAGUGCGGAAACCAGAUCGGAGCCAAGUUCUGGGAGGUGGUGUGCGAGGAGCACGGCAUCGACCCCACCGGUACCUACAAGGGCCUCUCGGAUUUGCAGCUCGAGCGCAUCAAUGUGUACUACAACGAGGCCAGCGGUGGCCGAUACGUGCCCCGCGCGGUUUUGAUGGAUCUGGAGCCUGGAACCAUGGACAGCGUGCGGUCCGGUCCUUACGGACAGAUCUUCCGGCCUGAUAACUUUGUGUUUGGACAGACGGGUGCGGGAAACAACUGGGCCAAGGGGCAUUACACGGAGGGAGCUGAGCUGAUUGAUUCCGUGUUGGAUGUGGUGCGAAAGGAGGCUGAGAGCUGCGACUGCUUGCAAGGUUUUCAAGUAUGUCACUCUUUGGGAGGAGGAACCGGAUCGGGGAUGGGAACAUUGCUGAUUUCGAAGAUCCGUGAGGAGUAUCCCGAUAGGAUGAUGCUCACCUUUUCAGUGUUCCCGUCGCCGAAGGUGUCAGACACCGUGGUGGAGCCGUACAACGCGACUCUAUCAGUGCAUCAGUUGGUGGAGAAUGCAGACGAGUGUAUGGUGUUGGAUAACGAGGCUCUAUACGAUAUCUGCUUUAGGACGUUGAAGCUCAUUACUCCGUCGUUCGGAGACUUAAACCAUUUGAUUUCUGCGACAAUGAGUGGUAUUACUUGCUGCUUGCGUUUCCCGGGACAGCUGAACUCCGAUCUGCGCAAGUUGGCGGUGAACUUGAUCCCGUUCCCGCGUCUGCACUUUUUCAUGGUUGGUUUUGCUCCCCUGACUUCGAGGGGAUCGCAGCAGUACAGGUCGCUCACUGUUCCGGAGCUGACGCAGCAAAUGUGGGACGCGAAGAACAUGAUGUGCGCGGCCGAUCCCCGGCACGGAAGGUAUUUGACGGCCUCUGCGAUGUUCCGAGGGAAGAUGUCAACCAAGGAAGUUGAUGAGCAGAUGAUCAAUGUGCAGAACAAGAACUCGUCAUACUUCGUUGAAUGGAUUCCGAACAACGUGAAGUCGAGUGUGUGUGACAUUCCUCCGACCGGGUUGAAGAUGUCUUCGACCUUCAUUGGUAACUCAACGUCCAUCCAGGAGAUGUUCAGGCGAGUGAGCGAACAAUUCACUGCCAUGUUUAGGAGGAAGGCUUUCUUGCAUUGGUACACAGGCGAGGGCAUGGACGAGAUGGAGUUCACUGAAGCAGAGAGUAACAUGAACGAUUUGGUUUCGGAGUACCAGCAGUACCAGGAUGCGAGCGCCGAGGAGGAGGGUGAGUAUGAGGACGAUUUGGAGGAGGCGUAGAUGUAGUCAGGUGGUUUAUGGUGUGAGGUCACUAUCCUUUAGUGGUGAGCGAAUCAAACAGGAGAGUCUGUUUGAUGGCUUGCGGUGAUUCGUGGGAGACUGAAACUUGUAGCAGGUUAUUGAAAUAUUAUGUAUUCUGCAGUACGCAUUGCGAGCGUAACCAAUGAUGGCUGUAGAGUGAAAUGCCAUUGUGGACUGUUACAUUUGAGCAUAUGAUACUUUAAUACGUUUGUUACAUUGAUUGUGGAUUUAUCUAAAAAAAUCAUAAAGUGAACAAAUGAAAUCUCA